CGCAGCCAUUGUUUCUUGGGAGAGGCUGUAGCGUUAAACAAUCUGCACAUGCAAACGAUACUUCUCCUGAUUGGCCAGUAGUUGGAACACCACAUCACGGCUAUCGUGCUGUAUAUACUACAUCUCCGCGUUUCUGGGAUCGUUGCUGUUCUCUGUAGUACACCAGCGACAUGGCCAGGCUCCGACCCUUCGCGGUCGUCCGCGAAACGUGGAACAUCUACACGCCCAUCGAGCGGCGGAAUAUCGCCAUAUACAUCGCCGGAAUCAUGAUGUACAAGUUCGGACUCGAAGCAUUCAGCGGCUCCGUCAUUGCUCUUGCAACAAACCGCUAUGACCAGCUCGGGAAGCGGCAACACGCCUCGAUUACCUUUCAACGUGUCGGCAUCCUGACCGGUCUCAACCAGGCCUUUCAGUGUGUUGGAUCGAUUCUAAUAGCUCCGUUGAUCAAGAGAUAUCCGACGAAGAACGUUCUGGCCUGCGCAAUUUUGAUUUUUGGAGUCAUGAGCAGCAUCCUUCUCAUCCUGGACGCAGCAACUGGUGGCAAAUUUGUGCCAGACGGGCACCCCAAGGGUGACUUCAGCUACUAUGGAGACUACAAUACGGAUGGCAUGAUUCCAAUCUAUUGUGUAUGCGGUGUUGUAUACGGCAUGGUAGAGCUGAUUCGAAGAGUUAUCCCUCGUGAUCUCGUUGGCGGUAACGUUCAAAAACUGCGGCAGAUGGACUCCCUCGUCCACAUCUUCUACGAAAUUUCGGGCACAGCAGGAGCGUUCUGCACAGCUCUUGCUCUAAUUCCGCACUUCGGAAACAACUUCUCCUUCAUCGUCACACCAAUCUUCUUCGCCGCAGCAUCCUUCCUCUGGUUCUUCAUCCGAGAAGACGCGGCUCCGUCUGAGAACAGCCUGUUUCUAGAGGGCCAGCCAACGUAUGCCAAGGCUGUCGCGAGCGGCUUCUACCUCUUCUUCGAAUCAAUUUGGACGGGCGGCAAGAUUAUCUUCACGCACAGAAAGUUUGUUUGGUUGCUUCCCGGAUAUGCCAUUGCACUGUACGCUCACCGUUAUCUCGAAAACGCCAUUGCGCCCGUAGUCGCUCGACGGUAUCUUGGCAACUCAGCUUGGGCGCAAAUCAUGGUCGGAGGCUCAAACUUCGGCGAACUGCUGGGAGCGCUGUUUGUGUUCAUGUUCACGAACCUCGUGCAGACACCGAUUCCGUGGCUGCGUAUCGAUGCGCUGGCUCUUCUCAUCGUGUGGUAUCUGCCGUUCUGGCAUCCCCUGAAGGGCGAUGUAGGACAGGCGUGGGUCGUUGCCGCAACGUUCCUCCCCAUCAGCUUUGGCUGGGCGGCUGGUGAUGUCAGUCUUGCCGCGUACAUCCAAGCAUCUCUUGCGCGUAUCGAGUCAGACACAAAGAACGUUUCCGCCCUCGGCGCCGUCAUGGCUUUCCUCUACAGCUCCUACAUCGUCACCUACGCCAUCGCAUCAGUAUGCCUGGGCACAUACAUCGACCGAGUCUCCGACGCCAACAACGACAACGUGCAAUCCGCCAUCAGAAACGUAGCAGGCAUCCAGUUCACCAUCAUUGCGGUGCUCGUUAUGACGAGUACAUUCGUACCCAAGGGCGCGUUUGCCUUCAACCCCAAGAUGCUCAGCAACGAGCCGCUGGAUACAGAUCUUGAGGACGAGGAACUCGAGUACGUGCCCGGUGGACAUGCGAAGUGCAAGGAUAGCCAUGAUAGCCACGAGAUGGUAAGUAGGGUGAGUACAAUGUAGUGCGCGUUAAAUGCUUGUUUCGUUAGCGAUAAGCCGCGAUACCCAGUUCUUUACGAUUCAUCUGCUAUCGAUUCACCGAUCUCAAAGCCCUCCGGGGUGGAGUUGUUAUCCGUGCUAUUAUCCGCCACAGUCACGCAUCAUCAGCCUAAUGUCUAACCCCAGUUUCGUGCGUCCAUUGCACGUAACACUCGCUAUACAAGCCGUUGUAAUUCCGUAACAAUUUACCGCCUGUAUCAGUCGCAUGAGAGGCUGCCUGGCUAAGGCAACAUACUUGGCUCCCACAAUCCGAGAGCGGAGCCCCCUGUUCGGGGAGUCGGAGGGUGGCGGGGAUAUGUUCAUUAGCAAUAAGGAUAGAGCACGAGCAUUCAUUGCAAAUUCUCAGGUAGACAAUGAUGGAGAUGGCAGAUUAUGGAG